CUCUAUCCAUGUCUCCCACAUGAGCACAGUGGCCUAAGCACGAGGGCCUUCUUCACCUGCUUUGCUAGGCAUGUGAGUGGAGAUCUGAGUAAGUGGAGUACCAGGACUUGAACUGGUGGUCAUAUGAGAUACCGGCAUCAUAGACAACGUAUAGCCUAACUGGUUGUGUACAUGUUGGCUGCCUGUUAGAUUUUUAUAAUCAGAAAAAUACUAAGUUUUGUUUGAAAGGAAUUCGGAGGUACUGAGAAGUAAAACUGUGAUCUAAUAGGAUAUUGGAAAUUGGAAAUGGGAACAUUUUCAUCUGUGAAUCAGUAGCUGUGUUGGAAGUGUGCUGGUGGCAACACUGAGCCGACGCCUUCAGGGUGUUGGAAAACAAACUUGCAUUUAUUUCCACAGGGCUGUUUUGCUCCAGGUGCGGUUCCUCUCCAGCUGAGCUCCCAUGGAAGGGCUGCUAGCAAGAUGCAGAGCAUUGUCCGUCCUCGCUGCCGGCAGCCGCCAGCUGCAGGGACAUGUUCCCUGCAGGUCUCACCACAGUGCCCCAGGGAAGGGACAGCGCUUGCUCCUUUCUCGCAUCUUCCAGCCACAGAACCUGCGCGAAGACCAGGUGCUCUCCCAGGAGGGCAGAUCUGGCGAGCUGACUUGUAAGAGCCACCGGCUGAUGCUGCAGGUGGGCCUGAUCGCCCCAGCCAGCCCUGGCUGUUACCACCUCCUGCCGUACACCGUCCGUGCCCUGGAGAAGCUUGUGCGGGUGAUAGACCAGGAGAUGCAGGCCAUUGGGGGACAGAAGGUCGACCUGCCCAGCCUCAGCCCGGCGGAGCUCUGGCAAGCUACCCAGCGGUGGGACUUGAUGGACAAAGAGCUGCUACGACUUAGAGACAGACAUGGCAAGGAGUACUGCCUCGGGCCCACUCAUGAGGAAGUCAUCACAGCCCUGGUUGCCUCCCAGAAGAAUCUGUCCUACAAGCAGCUUCCAUUCCUGCUGUACCAGGUGACAAGGAAGUUUCGGGAUGAGCCCCGGCCCCGCUUUGGGCUUCUACGGGGCCGGGAGUUCUACAUGAAGGAUAUGUACACCUUUGACUCCUCUGCGGAGGCUGCGCAGCACACCUAUGGCCUAGUGUGUGACGCCUACCACAGCCUCUUCCACAGGCUGGGGCUAAGGGUCGUGCAGGCCCAGGCGGACGUAGGCAGCAUCGGGGGCACGAUGUCACACGAGUUCCAGCUGCUGGUGGACAUCGGGGAGGACCGGCUGGUGGUCUGUCCCAGCUGCAGCUUCUCGGCCAACACAGAAACGCUGGACUCUUCCCAGACAAACUGCCCCAAGUGCCAGGGCCCACUAACCAAAACCAAGGGCAUUGAGGUGGGGCACACAUUUUACCUGGGUACCAAGUAUUCCUCUAUUUUCCAAGCCCAGUUCACCAAUGCUGAGGGCAAGCCAUGCCUGGCUGAAAUGGGGUGCUACGGCCUGGGUGUGACCAGGAUCUUGGCUGCUGCCAUUGAAGCUCUAGCUACAGAAGACAGUGUACGCUGGCCCCAUCUCCUGGCCCCGUACCAAGUGUGCCUCAUCCCACCUAAGAAGGGCAGCAAGGAGGCAGCAGCUGCGGAGCUCACGGGGCACCUGUAUAAUCGCAUUGUGGAGGCAGUGCCCCAGCUCCGCGGUGAGGUCGUGCUGGACGACCGGACCCACCUGACCAUCGGAAACAGGCUAAAGGAUGCCAACAAGCUGGGCUACCCCUUUGUGGUGAUUGCUGGCAAGCGGGCCUUGGAGGAGCCUGCCCGCUUGGAGGUUUGGUGCCAGAAUACCGGGGAGUCGCUCUUCCUCUCUGAGGAGGGAGUCUUGGACUUACUGGCCCAAGUGCAGGUUGUCUAGCCACCCACCAUGCAGCCCUGACUGCAUCACAGCACUGCGUGCUCGCACACUCCUUGCCUGGGCUGGUCUCUCCAGACCUGGGGCCGCUCGUGGACCGUCAGCCCUUGUUGGGGAAGCUGAUUUGUAGCCCAUUAUUAUGUCACAUCAUUUGUAUUUAAAGUCCUUAAUUCAGUCCCUCUUUCUGGACUGGCCAGGCUGCCAUGUCCACUCCUUUUUUAGGCCUCUGCUGAGAGGCUGAGAGCUUCCCAGGUGUUGGAUGGCCAGGACUGGUGGCCAAAGGGACACCCCCACACACAUACACACAAUCUGAUCAUGGGCUGUCGGCUGUACUGUGUCUGGGGAGCAGACCCUCCAGGGCCCCACUACUGCAAAGCUGAGCUGAGAGUGUAGGGCAGGAAGCAGUGAGGUGACUGCCGCCCUGCCUGGUGACUUGGACGUGGUCCCUCGCCGCCUCAGUUGCCCCAUCUGUAGCCUGAGAAAAUAACCAGAUCUGGUCUUCACA